CGCGGGCCCGGAAGGAGUUGACGGGAGCUGGGGCAGCGGCAGCCAUCGCGCUUUGCUGUUGGGUUUCGGAGGGUGUAGGGCUGACGCCAAUUAAGGAAUCGCGUUCUCUCCAAUCGCAGACCCUGUAAGAUUUGGAUAUGUCCUUCAUAUUUGACUGGAUUUAUAGUGGUUUCAGCAGUGUGCUACAGUUUUUAGGAUUAUAUAAGAAAACUGGUAAAUUGGUAUUUCUUGGAUUGGAUAAUGCAGGAAAAACAACAUUGCUACACAUGCUAAAAGAUGACAGACUUGGACAACAUGUCCCAACGUUACAUCCCACUUCAGAAGAACUAACCAUUGCUGGCAUGACCUUUACAACGUUUGAUCUGGGAGGACAUGUUCAAGCUCGAAGAGUGUGGAAAAACUACCUUCCUGCUAUCAAUGGCAUUGUAUUUCUGGUGGAUUGUGCAGACCAUGAAAGGCUGUUAGAAUCAAAAGAAGAACUUGAUUCACUAAUGACAGAUGAAACCAUUGCUAAUGUGCCUAUACUGAUUUUUGGGAAUAAGAUCGACAGACCUGAAGCCAUCAGUGAAGAGAGAUUACGAGAGAUGUUUGGUUUAUAUGGUCAGACAACAGGAAAGGGCAAUGUAUCUCUGAAAGAACUGAAUGCCCGGCCACUAGAAGUUUUUAUGUGCAGUGUGCUCAAAAGGCAAGGUUAUGGAGAAGGCUUCCGCUGGAUGGCUCAGUACAUUGACUAACACCACCAACCUGCCUCAGGCCCAGGUCUUGCCAUUCAGGCCUACUCAGAGAUUUGAUUGUUGAACAUGCAUAACUUGAAUUCAAUAGACUUUUGUUGGUUAGAAAACAGAUAUUUUUUAGAUUAUUAAUACUAUAUCGACUUAAUUUGAGUGACAAUUGAAAACUGAUUCAAGUAAGUUUGAAUAUCACAAUGUUAGCUUUCUAAUUCCAUGAAGAUAAUUAGUUUUUACCGUUUGUAAUCUGACAUGACCCCCAGCGCCAUUUAUAAACAGCGACUUUUCAGCAGUACAUUUGAAGCACUUUUUAACAAUGUGAAAUGACAAAUAUAAACUAUAAUUAAAAGCUCAUCAUGUUAAAUUUUUUAUGUACUUUUGGAACUAGUUUUUAAAUUUUAGAUUAUAUCUCCACCUAUCUUAAGUAUACAGUUAAUAAUUAGCUUAUUGAUGAUUGCAUGAUGCCUUACAGGUUUCAAUAAUAUUUUUUCUUAUGCAAACGUCAUGCAAUAAAAUAGACCCUUAUGUUUGGCAUCUUUGUUGGACAAAUGUUUCAUUUUAAUGUGUCUUAUCUAGCUAGUAUGCUCUGAAAUGGAAUAUUUAUAUUAUACACAUGAGGUGGUUGUUGGGAAAGGAGAUUGCUUCAGAAUAUUUAGAAUAAUGUUUCAGUUCCUAGAGACCUUCGCAUUUACCAGGAGACAAGUUGUGUUUGAUUGUACUUUAUACCACUUUAUCUCUGAAUCCUGUGCAUUUUAAUCAGGAACACUACCAUUCCCAGUGCUGAUAGGGUCCGUGUCCUAGUCCCUGUGGGACUGGCCUUCUAAAGAAAAGCACAUCUUCUGGUACACCACAGGUUGGAUUUUGGUUUGCUAGGCCCCUAUAGGUCCGUUCCAGUUGUCUAAUUCUCAAGUGCUCCAAUCUUACUGAUGCCUGGUUUGGUAAUCUGUGCCUGGUCACCAAACGUAGUGACAGGCCCCAGCCUCCCCACAUUUAGAGGUACCCCCCAGGCUCUUGAUACGUAAUGGCACUUCCCAGAGCAAGUGACAAAUAGGGUCUUGUGCAGUUCAUUGCAGGGACCCGUGAAUCUGCGGGAAAAGAAAGCCUGUUCUGCUCCAGGUGUCAUUGAAAUUGUGGAGAUACUGCUCCUGUCCCAUAGCUCUUUUGUAUUCUUUGUCAUAUUUUAUUUCUUGGAAAGAAAGUGUAUGUGCUUUUUCUUUUCCUUAGUUGCUCUCAGCCAGCUGUUACAUUACAGCAUAAAGGCUUUUACUUUUAGAUCUUAUACUUGCCAUGUGAUAGUGUCCGCAAACCUCACUGAUAAACUCACUAACAAAAUUUUGGUUAGUUUUUAAAAACAUUUUAAUUUCCUAAGACACUGAGUGUUUUUUUUCCAUUUGAGGUUCCCCUAAUUAGUAAAAUAAGAUGAAAGAUAAGUGCCAAAUACAUGUAUUUAAAGACUCUCAAGCUUAAGAUUUCUCUCUUGGUUAUAAACAGAGAUUUUAUAGUAUAUUUAACCAAUUCCAUUGAAAAUAGAUUGCUCUGGCUCCAUAAAGAAUAAUUUAAAUAAUAAAAAAGAGAAUAAUUUAAAUAUUAAAAUUAGUGUUUUCUUUAGCUGUUGUCCAAAUCAGUCACCACAGCCUUUCAUCGGUAAUGUUAACACAUGAGGCAGGCAAGGAUGAGGAGUAUGACUGGAAGGAACUACCAGUGAGCUAAACCAACAAGGCCAUUUCUUAACAUAACAUUGGGUUUUAGUGAUUUGGCUGUUCUAUUUCACUUUCAGUUUCCUUCCAAAUGAAAAUAAAAGCUUCUUCCCUGCUUAGAAACAUCAGUAGUAUCAUGGGAAAAGUAGAAAAUAACAUUUCUGCCUGUUGGUUUAUUUUGCCAGCUGUUUAAAGUCCUCACGUCUGAUGGCGUGACUAACAGAACUAAGCCUUAUUAAAAGUAACUGCCUCUCGUUGAUGGUAUCUUUCUUCAGUUCACGUAUUCCCUAAUAUCUAGUAUGAUACUUGAGAAGUUAAUUAUUUGUCUCAUAAAUUGGUAUAAAGGAAAAAGCUUAUUGGUUUCUCUAAAGGGGAAAAAUGUUUUUUUUGGUACACAAAUCUCGUUCCAGAAUUCUUAUUCUAGUUCUGACACUGGGAUCAAAGAAACAAAGUCACUUUGUGGACCACGUCUAAACUGUGGAUAUUUUCCCAAUGACGUAAGAUUCAUGUGGCCUGAACCUCUAGAAAGAAGCUGCACUUAGCAGCAACCGGCUGCCUUCCCAGUGCCAGGGACGUGGGCUGCAGAGUUCCCCAGCUACUGGGCAUACUCCAGCUCUGAGAGCCCCUCGGAGCACACACACCGAGUCCCUGCUCCCUUCAAGAGAUGGCAAGAAGCAGAAGCACUUGCAGAAAAAUAUACCCUGUAUGUGCCUGCGUGAGUGUGUGCACCUGGGGAGUAUGUUGAGUGUAAAUGGUCCUAUAAGAAUAUAGAUUAACUUUGCACCUCUCACUGUAAGGUAUGAAAAUGUAAUUGUUAACACUGUUAUAUAAAAGUUAAGAUUUGGUUCCAUAUAAAUCAGGAUGUCCAAAAGGUGUUUUAAAAUCUUAAUUCCAAAACUCUAAAAAUACAAAGUGUUAGCCCACUUUUAUAUUUCUAAAGAGAUUCUUUAACCCCAUACCUACUUCAAUGACUGUUGUUAGUUAUACUCUUGGGUGACUGGUUAAAUUGAUAGAUUUCAGCUUAUCUUUAUAUUAGUGAAUUUUUAUUUCUAUUAUUUUUAUCUCAGUGAAUUUUUAGAAU